GCACCGCGCGGGGCAGGCCGGGAGAUCGACGGCGGCGGGAGUGAUGCUGCGGCGGAAGCCGACGCGGCUGGAGCUGAAGUUGGAUGACAUCGAGGAGUUCGAAGGCGUCCGGAAGGACCUGGAGAGCCGCAAGAAGCAGCGGGAGGAGGCGGAGGUGGCGACCGGCGAGGAGGCGGCGGGCAUCGCGCUAGGCAGCGAGCACAAGAGCCGGGAGCAGAUCAUCAACGACCGUAUCGGCUACAAGCCCCAGCCCAAGGCCGGCGUCCGCGCCGCGCAUUUCGGUACCUUCGAGUUCUGACGGGGCCGCGGCGCUGUGCCGCCCCGGGCGGUCCGCCCUCCCCCGUCCUCCUUACCACCUGUGAGAGCCCUGGGGCGGCUGUGCUGUUUUAAAUAAAUGCGUUCUUUUUUA